UGCCUACCGUUAGGAUAUUAUCUCCACUCUAGCUCGCCAAUAUCUGUUAUAAUGGUUGCCCGCCUUCCUGCUCCCUUUGGCUCGGGCCGUCCUCCUACUUCGGCUUGGGAAGAGUUUCGCUUCGUUCUUCGAGAGCCUGAACCAAAGGCUCUUUUCCGUGUAUUAGCCAUCUUUCUCGGCUUUUGUCUGAUACCCCUUAAUAUUGUAAAUAGCCUUAGAGCAGACUUCUCCCCUUAGUACACGUGUAACCAAUAUACAACGCUUUCCCUCCCGUUUAGGGUGCUCGAUCUAAGGCUG